AAGAGUCGGAAGUUUUGAUCUGUAGUUGUUCCGAUUCGUGGGGAAGGUUGAAAGAUUAAAAAUGGGCAACUACCUAUCGCUCUACGUGACCAAUCCGGAGGGAACUCCGAAACCCCUUGCAAGCCCUUCCUUCGAUGCGAAUAUGGGUUUCCCGAAUGGCCGGAAGGAAAGAGUGAUGAUCGCAACCGAGCAGGAAAUGGAAGCAGCCAAGCUGCCGCUGGCCGAUCGGGACUACUGUGCCCAUAAGCUAAUCGCCCAUCGUGCCUGCCGAGCGGACGUGUGGCCAUGGGCGUACAAGUGUGCCCACGAGAAGCACGACUAUCUCAACUGUCAAUAUGAGGAUUACAUCUACCGGAUGAAGGAAUACGAGCGCGAGAAGCGAUUGCUUCUGAGAAAACAGAGAAUCGAAAAGAAGCAAGCCCAGGAACUGAACGCUUGAAUGUAGCAGCUACAAUUUCGCGAGGCAAGUCACCGCCCCCGCCAUCGGAGUAUGUCCUUAUCAAUCUUGUUAAUAUAAAUUUAGUAACAGCAAAUGUGCAACCAAUUUUCCUAUUCUUCAACCGAUUCAUUCUACCGAAGCCAAUAAAAACGAAGAGAUUGGUUUU